UGAACGGUACAGUCUGAUGAGGAAUCGUAGCGGAAGAUGGGAUGUGGGUUGUGAUGGUGAUGCUAAGCUCAUUUUGAAUGCAGUUUGGUAUUUGAUCAUCCUCUGCAUGAUAUUUAAGGAAGCAAUUCCAUGAUCUGCCAGGCAACCUGACCCUAGCACAAUUCUCUCCACAACCUCCCAAGUUCUCCACUCAAUGCCUAACACUGCAGAUAGCAAAGGGGAAAACAUAUCAAGCACGAGUGACCAGGCCAACCCCGCUGCCCGAGGCCCCAGCCGGGACGAUGAGCGCAGCUUCCUGAGUUCCUUCACGCGGGAGGCGCUGCAGGCGCGCCGGGCGUCCAGCGCCGAGCUGCAGCUGCCCUGGACCUGCCCCGUCACGCACUCCAGAGAGAAGUUCUACACGGUCUGCUCCGACUACGCGCUGCUUAACCAGGCCACCGCCAUCUACCGACCCCCCGACAGCACCCCCAGGGAUGGGCCCAUCAACAAGCAGGAUGGGGAGACAACCUUCUUGUCCAACACUGUAAACCUGUCGCAGGGCCAGGUGGGAGGCACCAGCAGCAGUUCUCCCAUAGACGGGGACUAUGACAUGGAAGUGGUGUCGCCUGGCAACACAAAACCUGUCCUUGCCUGGGAGAUUGACACCACUGACUUUGAUGCUGUUUUGACGCGAAAAUCAAGGACAAGCAAUACAAAGAAAUUCAGCAGUAAAAAGAUGAAGUCUGCUGACAGACCAAGCAAGAAUCUGCCAGACAUCCCAGCUCAGGCUUCUGUGGAGGAGAUCAAACAGAGAAAAGUCAUGGACCUCAGGAGAUGGUACUGCAUAAGCCGACCACAGUACAAGACAUCAUGUGGGAUCUCCUCAUUAGUUUCCUGCUGGAACUUUUUGUACAGCACUCUGGGAGCAGGAAGCCUUCCUCCUAUUUCCCAGGAAGAGGCUCUGCAUAUUCUGGGGUUCCAGCCGCCCUUUGAAGAGAUCAAGUUCGGCCCUUUCACAGGCAAUGCCACUCUCAUGCGAUGGUUCAGACAAAUCAACGACAAUUUCCGCGUUCGAGGAUGCUCUUACAUCCUAUACAAGCCUCAUGGAAAACACAAAACUGCUGGAGAGACAGCUGAGGGAGCGUUACUGAAGCUGACCACGGGACUGAAGGACGAGUCCAUGGCCUACAUUUAUCACUGUCAGAACCAUUACUUUUGCCCUGUGGGCUUCGAAGCUACACCGCUAAAAGCAGCCAAGGCCUACAGAGGCUCUCUUCCUCAAAAUGAUAUGGAAUACUGGAUUCUCAUUGGGGAACCGAGCAGGAAGCAUCCUGCCAUCCAUUGCAAAAAGUGGACAGAUAUUGUGACAGACCUGAACACACAGAAUCCAGAAUAUCUUGAUAUUCGCCACACAGAGAGAGGCAUCCAGUAUAGGAAAACCAAAAAGGUGGGUGGGAACCUGCACUGCAUCAUGGCAUUCCAGCGGGUGAAUUGGCAGAAACUGGGCCCCUGGGCUCUGAACUUGGAGAACCUGCGCUAUGACAUCCACCACCAGGGGGCAGAGCAGAGAGGGCAGGGUGGCGCAGGGGAAGGAUCUGAGGAGAAGGGCGCAGCCAGGCGCCUGGGUCGCUCCAACAGCACGGGAACCCAGAAGUCCGACGCCGCCUGGAAACGGCUGUCCAACACAGCUGAGUACAGGCAAAGGAGCUCGCCCGACAGUGACCUAGAGGAGGACAUCGACUGACUGCUUACUGGAGAAUUGUGCCGAGUCAUUGUACAUUUGAUGUUGAAGUACAGUGCAGUAUUUGGGCAAAUUCAUCUCCAAAACCCCCCAAAAAGCAGGUCAAGCAUUUUAUUUGUUCAACGCAAUAGCUUCAGUCAGCUUUCAAGACCAUGUCUUACGUGUAGUGUGGAUCAUAAAAAUGUUUUACUUGCACACAACACAGAGCAUACAAAUUAAUAGUUUCCUAAAAGUGUACACUUUGUGGCUAGCAAUGUGUAGAGCACCGCUAACAUCCAAGGCAACAUCCUAUCGUUGUAUGCUUUUGCUUCCAUCAGCUGACCUGAAUAGAAAGAAGUUAGUGUAGAAUGAAGAGGGCAGACCUCAACCAAUUGUGCAAUAUGCUGACCGAAGCAUGAGUGUGAUGAGUCCUGCAGUUGUGCAGGUUUGUACAAAGUGUAAUGGUUGUCAUUUAAAUGGUUAUUAAGCCAGAGAAGACAUGUCCUGUGAAGUGUACAGCAUGAACAGUGACAUGCUACAGUUGUAGUUGUGUGCAAGAAACGGUUUUCAUUCAAACCACAUUCCUAUUUUAAGUCUGUGUCAGAAGACAAUACUACCAAUGCCUACUCCCGAGCAUCUUAAAGCUGUGUAUAUUUAUUGAACCCACCAAGUGGAUGAAUCCUAUAUUGGGAAGAUCAGGAGAUCAAAAAAUAAAUAGUUAUACUAUUACUAAGCGCUAUACUAUCAAUAGCUGUUUACUAUUUAUAAGUAAUUUAACUGCACUUUUUAUGUAAUAAAAUAUGUGAAGAUUUAUUUUGUGAACAUUACUU